AUGUUGAAGGUCCUGGUUAUACUGUCUCUUACUCUUGCCUAUCACGUGCCGUCUAGCAGAGCAGGAUUCUUCGAUUACUACUUGGAUUACUUUAAUCUGCGAGACAAGUACAUCCCCUUCAUCAACGAUGAUAUGGAUAGUGUCAACCGCUAUAAAGAACUGAAAAAGAAAGCUAGAGAGGGACUAGCACUCCACUUUGAAAAGCAACGUGAGAAAAUGGAAAAGAAAUAUGAGCUAUGA